AUGUUCAAUGCUUGGAGUCGUCGGGACCGGCCCCCCGAGGCGGGGACAGCUGCAGGGCUGGAGGGCUUCGCGGUGGACAAGACCUUCCUCUCCUCCCUCAAAGGCAUCCUGCUGGAGACUGAGCUGGCCCUGACCUUCAUCAUCUUCAUCUGCUUCACGGCCUCCAUCUCUGCCUACAUGGCUGCCGCGCUGCUGGAGUUCUUCAUCACACUAGCCUUCCUCUUCCUCUAUGCCACCCAGUACUACCAGCGCUUCGAUCGGCUGAACUGGCCCUGUCUGGACUUCCUCCGCUGUGUCAGUGCCAUCAUCAUCUUCCUGGUGGUCUCCUUUGCGGCUGUGACCUCCCGGGACGGAGCUGCCAUUGCUGCUUUUGUGUUUGGCAUCAUCCUGGUUUCCGUCUUUGCCUAUGAUGCCUUCAAGAUCUACCGGACCGAGAUAGUGCCCAGGGCUGCCCAGGGGGACCAGCAGUGA